AUGUCUCAACCAAUAGGUUCACGCACUAUUUUGUAUGGGCUGCUAUUGGUCACUACAGAUCCACACUUUCGCGAUUUUCGUAAUCAGUCAAAAUUUCUUCCUCUAGAACCUAGUUCACGGCUGCCAAAUCUUCAUAUUCCACCAGAUGUUGGUGUUCAAAGCCCCUAUGCCUUAUUUACCUUAUUCUUCUCUGAAGAUUCCAUUCAUAAUAUUGUCAAUUCAACCAAUCUCUAUGCAAAAUUGAAGGGAGAUGAUGGAGAUACUGAUAAUGAAGCUCCAGAGAGCUUUGGGAAGGAUAAGAAGAAGGAUAAGGAAGAGGAAAUCCCUAUGGAAGCUUCUGCAGAACCCUCUAUAUUUAUGGAAACAUCUAAGGAAUUGAAGACCUCUAUUCAGCAACAUCCAUUGGAAAAGAACACUUCAGAGGAAAUAAAGGUCUUUUAG